AUGGGGAAGAGGAAGAGACCACGCCAGCGGCAUAGGAAGAAGGUGGGCAAGCAGAUGGACAUGGCGGUGCAGUUGGACUACGGUGAAGACUGCGAAGGACUCGUUCAACACCACCACCGACAACAGCAACCUCACCCGCCUCCCCAUCCCUUCUUCCCUCCCGACACCUUCGCCAAUGACUUCCCGGGUUACAUGGCCAGGUCUCAACAAGACCCAUCAAUGAAGCAUCGUUGGCGAGCUGAAGACGAUCCGCGCGACAGACCUUCGAAUCGACCGCCGGAGAGAGACAGAGAUCGUGGUGGCCACCACCCGCCCUCACCUUCUUUUGGAUAUUCUGAAGCCUACCCUGUUCCCGAAAGAGACAGAGAUCAGGCAGGUCGUGGUGGCCGUCGACAGAACAGAAAGUGGCCCCGAGAUUCGAAGAAAUCGCUUGGUAGGAAGCCAUCUCCAUCUCCCACUCGCUUUUCGAGACCAAAACAUACGCGUCCACUAGGUCCGAGGUCGUUUGAAGACAGACCAGCCCGUGGUCGAGACUUUUCGCCAAACAGACAGCCAAAGCGCAGACGUACUCAGAGUCCUUCACCUGCUGCGAGUGAUAGAUUUGGCCCUGAGAGCCAGAGAUCCGGUCGCAGUCGAGAUCGUCUGGGCAUCAACGACAGGCGAUCGAGGUCACGUUCUCCAUACAGAACAUUUCACGUUUCCCGACCCGAGUCUAACCGUCGUGGUCCCGAUCCAAAUAUCAAAGGCCAUAGAGAAUCGAGUCCUUUCCGCAGACACGACAGACGCUCCAUUUCUCCCCGUCCUUCAUCAAUAUCAUCCCCACCGCGCCGGAACGAGUCCAUUAAUCAUCGAGAAUCUUCCAAAAAGAAUUUUCGACCUCCAAAGCGCCCUCGCAAGGGCAAAGGCCGGCCGUUCCCUGAGAGGGGUCUGCCCCGUUCAAGAAGCCAGUCCGUGGCAGACGAUACAGAUAACCGCUCCAUGGAUGGUCAACAUCCAAUGCGUGGAAACUAUGGCAUGCAUCGAGGACAACAAAGGCCUUUUGUUGAUACAAGACAACAAUAUGGAGGAUCGCCUCCUUACUCGGGGACACCGAAUAGCUCCUACCAUGGGUCGCAAGCUGGUUCACCGUACCACAAUCAAAGAGGCGGCUGGGGAGGUGGCCAAAGUCCUCAUGGUCCCAUGCAUAAUUCCUCUCCGCCAUACCGGCAAAACAGCUUCUCUGGCCCAGGUGGCGUGAACAACAACCCCAAUCCCUACUACCAGAAUCAACAACAUUUUGGGCCUAACCAACCAGGGUAUCAACAGGGUCCUUAUCGAGGUGGUCAUGGGUCUCGUGGCGGUCAUUAUGGUAAACAAGAUCAGAGAUUCAAUGGCCCUCGUGGUCGAGGAAGAGGUGGCCAUUUCAAUAAUCUGCAAUGGACAGCGCCUCCUACUGGCCCUAGACGAGGCGGCUCACAGAACAACGACUUUCAAGGUGGACACAUGAACCAGACAUCUCCUGCACCUUCUCAAGCACCGUCGCAAGAUGGUAGAGAAGGACCGGCGGAUGAAGAGAAUCUUUUCAGACCAUCGAAAGAGCUACAAGUGGAAGAUCAAAGAGGCCCAGGUCAGAAAGCUCAUGGUGACGAACAGCCAGGGACAGCUGCAUCAAAAUUCAGCUUCGCAUUCAAGUCAAAGGCGCCUCCUUCGGGACCAGCUAAACAAACAGCAGAAUUUGCAGCCAAACCGAAAGGACCCUUCCAACCCGAAGAUCGAGCGCCUCCCACACAACCAAGAAAGAAACAAUUCGAUCGUUUUGACAGACGAGACGACAGGCCUGGGCAACGUCCUCCUCCCCCUAACUUCCCUUCACACCCAGACAGAAGACCUCCCCAACACCCUGCAAAUAGCCGCCAGCCCGAACGAUCACGUUCGCCUCCCUCGAAGAAAUUGAAGAAGGAGAUCAAGUCUCGGCCUACAUUGCCACCCGAAUUUGCAGAAUCCGAGUCGAUAUACUACCGAAAACCCGGUAACGAGUCUGUGGUUGGAGCAGGCACAUAUGGAAAAGUCUUCAAAGCCGUCCACAUUUACACGAAGGACCAAGUUGCGCUCAAGAAGAUCAGAAUGGAAGGUGAACGAGAUGGAUUUCCUAUUACAGCUGUGCGUGAGAUACGGUUGCUCCAGCAUCUCAGAAACAAGCACGUUGUUGCCCUGCAAGAGGUCAUGGUGGAAAAGAAUGAAUGUUUUAUGGUCUUCGAAUAUCUCUCGCAUGAUCUUACUGGGCUCAUCAACCAUCCGACGUUCAAACUCACUUCUGCACACAAGAAGGACCUGGCAAAUCAGAUGUUCGACGGCCUGGACUAUCUUCAUCGACGUGGCGUUCUGCACCGAGAUAUCAAGGCCGCAAAUAUCCUCGUUUCCAACACCGGACAACUGAAGUACGCCGAUUUUGGCCUGGCACGCUUUUACACCAAGUCCCGGAAACUCGACUACACGAAUCGUGUCAUUACAAUCUGGUAUCGCCCACCUGAACUCUUACUAGGAGAAACUCAAUACGGUCCCGAGGUCGACAUCUGGUCUGCAGCUUGCGUCUUUGUGGAAAUGUUCACCAAGAAGGCUAUUUUUCCGGGCGAGGGUGGUGAGCUCAGUCAACUUGAGAAGGUGUACAAUGUCCUUGGCACGCCGACGCGAGCAGAAUGGCCUGGCAUCGUUGAUUUACCCUGGUUCGAACUGAUGCAACCAGUCGAUCGGCGAAAGCGGCAAUUCGAAACGAUGAUGAAAGACAUUUUCACUCCCUCCGGAUUGGAACUCGUGCAGUGGAUGUUUAAGUACGAUCCUAAAGCGCGGCCUAAUGCCGAAGAGGUAUUAAAGCAUGAAUACUUCACAAAGGAAGAACCGAAGCCUGUGCAGGCAGUGGAACUGGCGAACGUCGAGGGCGACUGGCAUGAGUUUGAGAGCAAAGCGGCCAGACGAGAGAAAGACAAGCAAGAAAAGGACAGGAAGAAAGAAGAGUACCUGCGUGAGAAGGAGAAGAGGAAGGCUCGCGAGGCGGGUCUGCCUGAGUCGACUGGAGAGAAGAGGGUCAAGAUGGAAAAUACACCUGUCCUGCCGCCCCCACCUCCGAAUGGUGACAAUGCGAGUUCCGCGCGUCCUGCUGAUGAAUGGUCGAAAGAGGACGAUCCUGACGAGUCUGAGGGCGAGGGUAGUGCGCGGAUGAGUAUGUCGUGA